AUGAGGGUCUCCUACUUUAGCUCCUCAAUUGUGCUGUUCCUCCUUUCAUCCGUUUCAGCUGUCAUUGCAGAAUCGUCGUUUCCUGAGCCUACCCUUAUACCGCGUGCCACUGACCUCGAUGCUGUCGUUUCCCAUCUAGAGGCGGCUCUCAGCUCCCCUAAAGCUGCGCCCAAGGGAACACUCGAUGCACCAGUAGAUGGAAAAGAUGGAAAACCACAUAGCGGUCCAUGGGUGGAAACUGGUGCAGAGAGGGAGCGCAAAAAGGCGAAGGAAGCCAGCAGUCCAGACGGAAAUGUCAAGUUCGACCAGGAGGUUACCUUACUGGAGCAUAUCGGCCCUGAUGGUGAUCCAAUUCCUUAUUCGAAUGACGGCGUGAUGGAUGAUCCGGACAGAUUGGGGCCCAAAGAAGGAACUCAAGGGACCAAUGGCGGAGUAUCAGAGAAGCAGAAGGAGGGCAAAUCGUCUAAGGAGAAGAUCCCUGAUAGCCCCAAGGAGGCGCGUCCUCUGCCACAGAGUGAGGUAAAGAAGGUUCCCAUAGGGGAUGAGCGUGUGGGUGAAAAAGACACUCUCGGGGUCCUCAAGAAACCAGAUGAUCUUCCAGAAAAGCCUCAUGACAUUCCUCAUCCCAAGUCUCCAGCCAAGAGUGAUAUCGACCAGCUUGAUGCCAUGGAUAUUCCUGGAACAGCCAAACAACCAACUCCCAUGUCAAAAAAGGAUGCCGAUUCUGAAGGAGUUGUCGGCGGUUCCCUUCACUCACUUAUCUUUUCAUUCACCAUGAUAAUAUUCUCCGAGAUUGGCGACAAGACAUUCCUUGUGGCGGCUCUCAUGGCAAUGAGACAUCCACGUCUGGUUGUCUUCUCCGCUGCUUUCAGUGCCUUAAUUGCCAUGACUGUUCUUUCAGCUGUGCUAGGGCACACAGUCCCUACGCUGAUCCCGAAGUCAUUCACCAAGUUGUUGGCAGCUGGGUUGUUCCUCAUCUUCGGACUGAAGAUGCUCAAAGAGGGACGAGAAAUGUCCCCAGACGAAGGGGUCGGAGAGGAAAUGAAGGAGGUGGAAAUGGAACUAGAAGAGAAAGAGCACUAUAUGAACCGCCGGAGGUCCUCUAUCACACCUCACUCUCUGGAGGCUGGUCGUGCACGCAGACCGAAGCCUCGUUCAACAAAUCGUCUUCCCUCUCCUCCGGAAAGUCCCUCGUCUUCUUCGCGUGGUUCCUCCCCAGGACGCGGUAGUAGAUGGAGCAGUGUCACUGAUGGAUUAAGAAAUCUCUUCUCGCUAUUACUCAGUCCUGCUUGGGUCCAAACGUUUGUAAUGACCUUCCUUGGCGAAUGGGGCGAUCGCAGCCAGAUUGCAACAAUUGCCAUGGCUGCCGGACAGGACUAUUGGUGGGUAACUAUCGGUGCAAUCUCAGGACAUGGUAUAUGCACCGCUGCUGCAGUGAUUGGAGGACGGGCUAUUGCUGGAAAAGUCAGCAUGCGAGUUGUAACAUUGGGAGGUGCUGUCAUGUUCCUCAUCUUUGGCCUGAUAUAUCUAAUCGAAGCCAUCUACUAG